CCCUGGAAAAUACUUUGAGAUUUGCAGUUCCAAAGAAAAUGCUCAAAAUCUGUCUGAUAUUGGAAAUAGUUAAUUUUAAAAUACGAAACAAAACGCCAGAAUAAUGGUUUAAAGCAAUUUUAAAGAUGGCUACAAGGAUAAAGGUCCUGCAGAAUUUAGGGGCAAGAUUUAACACUGGCUUGAGACAGAUUAUCAAGUACCCACGUGGACGACGUGGUGUGAUUGGUGUUGGUAAUCAUGGGAGUGUAAGAGACAAACUUUUAGAAGGAAAUUUUACUGCUGUAUAUUCAAAAGUAGUUCCUGCUUCGUCAUUCUCAACAGACAUUGUGCAGCAUUGCCAGGUACAAACCCAGAAUGAGUUCCAAGUGUCGAAAGAGGAAUUGAGUAGUUUUGCUCAGAAAAUAGAUUGGCCCUUAUGUAAUUAUGAACUCUUGAUAAAUGCCAUCACACACAAAUCGUAUGCGAUGAAAGACAACAAUGAUGUUCUUGGGAUGUCUUUGGAACAUAACGAGCGUCUUAGUUAUUUGGGUUAUCAAACUGCGUCAAGCUUUGUAACAGAAAUACUCUAUUUUAAAUAUCCAACUCUGACAGCGGAACAAUUAUGGGAUUUGAAAAAUGGUUUGUUGCGUGAGGAUUUGCUUGAAGAUUGUGCGCGAAAAAUUGGACUGCACAAUCUGAUACUUUCAAAGGAUGAAAUUAACUGUCAAAUUAUUUCAGAAGCAUUGCUAGCAAUUAUUGGCUCAAUGUAUAUAGAUCAGCCUCCUGAGAUCUCUCGUGUGUUUGUUGAGAACUAUCUCAUCCAAGAUUUAACAGAGGAAACAAUCAAAGAGAUUUGUCAACUUGAACACCCAAAAUUCAUGUUAAAACAACUAAAUCCCGGAGUAACCUUCACCGCAAAAAUUUUGAAGGAAAGUUUAGAACUCGAUGCUUCUAGUGAUGAAACCGAAAGUUAUAAAGUUGGUAUAUUUCAGGAAGAUGAGAUGAUUUCUGAAGGACAGGGCGACUCACAGUGGCAGGCUGAGAAGAAUGCGUGUCGAAAACUCUUGAAAGACGGGUACUUAAAUGAGUUAAAAAAAGCAAAAUUCCCUCUGGAAUACGCAGAUUAUACUUCAGAAGAUGGACUUAACUUGGGCUUGCUUCUUGAGGGAAUAAGAGUUGUUGAUAUUCACAAGGGAGAUAGUGGUUUUGGAUUCUCGGUGAAAGGAGGUGAAAUGCGAAGCGAGGAGAACAAGGAUUUUGUGAAAUAUAAUUACUACUUUCCACCAUUCGUAGCGUCUGUUGUGACGGGAGAUCCGGCUGAAAGACGCGGCCUAAGAGCUGGCGAUGUUAUACUGGCAAUAAAUAAUAAGAACACCAAAGGCAUGAGCCAUCACAACGUUGUGAAUUUACUUCAUUCUCUGAAAGGGAAGGCAAAGUUUACUGUCAAACAUAGCAAAAAAGUCUUAAUCAGUGAUGAAAUCGAGCGAAAAUUCGGCCAGUUUCAAGAAAAGAAAUUGCUGUCUCAGUUGAGAGAUCCGAAGUGGUCAAAAUGGCACCAUUCUCAUUUGAAAAAGGACAGAACUGAAUAUGAUACCAUGCUCAAACGACACCAAGAGCAAAAUACUUCGUCAAAAUAGCACAGUUCAGUUCACAGAUCUACCUAUGAGAUACCUAGCAACGAAUCGCCGUAUAUGUAGAUUAUGAACUGACCUCCGAGCUGGUUUAUUAUUGCCCGCGAGGGGAGGAAGUUAGCCUGCCAGCGGUCCACUUGUUUAAACUGUUAACAAAAAGCUGCGUGGCAUUUUGCUGGAAAUCCAAACUCCUAACAUACCUUAGCAUAACUUUUUCUAAAGUUUACUCUGUGACUGGAAUUGGCUUGUUUAAGUGAUGUUCUUGACGACCUGCUCUCGGCUGUCUUAAGAAGGAAAUAUUCCGCCUCUCAUGAUAUCUAGUGCUGUUUUAAUACAAUUAAAAUAACCCCGAAGUCAUGUAGUGUUCAACUCAGUUCAUUAUCUUCAAGUUAACUGGAUUAAAUAAGGUUAAAUAAAUCUAAACAAGGUUAAAUAAAACAAAACAAGGUUAAAUUGGAUCAAAUAUUUUCGACCUACCUUAGGAAAACAUUGAAUAUCAAAACCCAUUAUUCGAAAACUUCUCAAGUGCAGGGCUGAAUCAAACAGUUUGCGCUGAAUUGGUUUGAGCUUUGCGCUGAACUGAAUCGUGCUGCUGUUCUGAAAGCUGUGUCAUGUCUAAGAAAUGAAGGAAAGAUAAAACCUGCAAUCUAACUCUAUACAUGUAAAUUUCCUAUAUCUUUCAAGAUUAUCAUACUUUCAAAUAGAAUUUCUCACCCUGAAAGUACCUAAAAUAGACAACAAAGUCAGGUCGAAGUGUCCAGCAGGUUUUUUUUAACCAUUUUAGGCAGUUGUUAUGCAUCAUUUGAUGAGAGGUUUAUAGAAGAUGCUGCCACGUACGUGGGUUCUUUUUUAUUUUGCAGAAAGAUUUAUUGAGGCACCUCGAGGCUAUCCAUCAUAAACAAGCCGUAACUUAGAAGAAUACAAUUUUUUUAUUUAUUUUGCUUUGCCAGUCGAAUACAAAGAGAUACAAACAGUGUAAUGGCGUGAAACUCGCGAAUAGACCACUUGCAUAAUAGACUAACUUUUGAUAACUUUUGACAUUCCGAAGGAGAAAUUCCGAAAAGGGCAUUCUAAACUUGGUAAAAUAGCCAAGUUUGGAUAGAUAUAGCCAAGAAGAUAUAGCAAAGUUGGAUAAUUUUGUAUACUUUGUAUGGCCGAAAGAGCGUAAUUAAAUAAGUUACACAUUUCCGUCAAAAGUAUACAAAAAUUGCUAAUAUAUACGACAUUGUAUA